AUGACUCACAUCGACAGCCGAAUAUUGCUGACGACGAUUGUGAUCUGCGCCGGGGGCAGCUUCCAUUUUGGGUUCAGGCUCAUCUCCUUCAACCCCAUAGAAAGCAUCAUGAAAAGGUUGCUAAACGACACGUCACUACGGCACUACCACACCGAGCUGAACGAUCAGGGGUUCCGCGCAGCAUGGUCGUUUACCGUCAACCUGUUGCCGAUUGGCAACAUCUUCGGAACGCUAUUCACGCCGCUUGUGUCGCAGCGGUUCGGCCGGAAGAACUCGAUGUAUAUCACGGCUGUGAUGUCCAUGGUUGGUUCCCUGUUGAGCGGAUUGGCGAGCACAGCCGAAUCGUUCGAGCUGUACGCGGCGGGAGUGUUUGUCACCGGCCUGGCGUGUGGGUUAAUCCUCAGUAUCCAGCCGCUGUAUCUGGUAGAGAUCAGCCCGACGCAGGUACGAGACGACAUCAUGGCCGAGAUCGAAAUGGAGUCGAGACCGAUCAGUUCGAAACAGUUGUUCCUUAAGCCGUACCUGAGGCACGGUUUCACGUUCGGCCUACUGGCGGCGGCGGGCGUCUCCUUCUGUGGCAUUUCGGCCAUAUCCAGCUUUUCGACGGUCGUCCUCAAGGAGGCAGGCCUCAGUGAGCACAACGCCCAAUACGCCACCAUAGCGAUCAGCAUCAACAGCGUGGUGGCGUCGUGCAUCUCGUCGCUGAUCACCGACAGACUCGGUCGCAGACCACUUCUGGUCGUCGGCUAUGCCACUCUGACGAUCCUCAACACGUUGUUCAUGAUCUUCUCAUUCGUUAGCAGAAGCUACGCCCUGAUGUGGGCAGGGUACGUUUGCGUGGUGAUCGACGUGUCGUUCACGUUUGUGUUCGGCAUCGGGCCGGCUCCGUUGCAGUGGUACGUCAUGGCGGAGAUGGUACCUCAGAAUGCUAGAUCGCUCGCACAGUCAUGGGCGGUCAUCAGCUCAGCAGCUGGCCUCAUAGUUGUCAAUCUGAUGUUCCUGUCGUUGAACGGCGUGAUCUACGAAUUCGCCUAUCUCGUUUUCAUCAUUCCCAGCUUCAGCUUAGCAAUAUAUUUUUACCGUAAGUUUCCAGAGACCAAAAACAAGACAAUUAUUCAGAUCAUGGAGCUUCUUAGUAUGCCACCACCAUUGUCACCAAAGGCAAGGUCUCGCACCGACAAACUCGUCGCCGUCGCAACCAUUUCCGGCUCCUCAGAAGCUCCUUAG